AUGACUACCACAUCAAUGGUUCAACCAAAGUUCUUAUCAAAGGCCGAUCAACUUGGUGUCGUCGCUGUUGGAUUCUCAGGUGGACAAUGUAAACCGGGAGUUGAUGCCGCACCCUCAGCACUUAUCAAAAGUGGUCUUCUGGAUCAACUCGAAGAGGAAUUAGGAUACAAACUUCACCAUGAUAACACUGUUCAUUCUUACAAAGAGUUGAUUCCUACCGAGGAUCCAGAUCACCGAAACAUGAAGAACCCUCGCGGAGUCUCUGCAGUCACACAAAAGCUUUCUGAACAAGUUUACGAACAUGCCAAGGAGGGUCGUUGUGUCUUGACUCUCGGUGGUGAUCAUUCUAUUGCCAUUGGCUCAGUAUCCGGAACUGCGAAAGCAAUUCGUGAACGUUUAGGAAGAGAAAUGGCCUUGAUCUGGGUUGACGCACAUGCCGAUAUCAAUACCCCAGAAACUUCGGGUUCUGGAAAUGUUCACGGUAUGCCCGUUGCAUUCUUGACACGUCUCGCACGAGAAGAGAAGCCAGAGAUCUUUGGGUGGUUGAAGGAUGAGCAUAUGGUCAGCGUAAAGAAGAUUGUUUACAUCGGCUUGAGAGAUGUUGAUAGAGGAGAGAAGAAGAUCCUCCGUGAUAAUGGAAUUAAGGCAUUCAGUAUGCAUGACAUUGAUAGACAUGGUAUUGGCAGAGUUAUGGAAAUGGCACUCGGUCACAUCGGCAACGAUACCCCAAUCCAUCUCUCCUUCGAUGUCGACGCUCUUGAUCCUACAUACGCUCCCUCAACUGGUACACCAGUUCGUGGAGGUUUGACCUUGCGAGAAGGCGAUUAUAUUGCUGAAUGUGUUCACGAGACUGGUUCUUUGAUCGCUAUGGAUUUGGUGGAAGUCAACCCUACACUUGAACCUGGUGUCAAUGAUAUUGGAGCACAUGAAACUGUUAGAGCUGGAUGCUCUUUGGUUAGAUGUGCUUUGGGUGAGAGCUUGCUUUAA